UUGAUUGUAUUCUUGACUACUGUUUCGUGGUCCGUCAAACAGACCACGAAUGGAGAAACGUACAAUUGCGUCGAUUUCUACGAGCAACCUGCAUUCGAUCAUCCUUUACUCAAGGAUAACAAAUUCAACUUUCAGCCAAGCUCUUCCUACUCUGUAGAUUCCUCAGGAUCGUCGAACAAGAAGCAGAGUGAUAUAUGGCUCAAUGGGAAAGGCUGUCCAAUUGGCACUGUUCCGAUCAGGAAAACUACGAGAGAUGAUCUCUCGAGGGCAGAGUCGGCUGCUGAAACAGUACAUACAAACACAAACGACAACUUGCAUCCUCAGCGCUACAUAGACGACAACCCAAAUGUUCAUGUCGCGGUGCUUCGAACAAGUGAAGAGAAGAAAUACUAUGGUGCUGGAAUGAUCACGAGCGUUUACAAUUUUGCUGUCAGUAGCCAACAGUACAGCUCCAGCCGCAUCAAACUUCAGAACGGCCCCGACAGCAUUGUCGUUGGAUGGACAAUCAAUCCAGGGCUCUAUGGUGACAAUGCAACUCGCCAUUUCAUAUACACAAGUACCAAGGACUCGCAUUGUUACAACACGUUGUGUCCCGGAUUCAUACUCAUGUCCCCCGACACUCCUUUUGAUUCUGUUCUUCAAGUUUCUGAAAGAGAAAAGAACAUAAGGGGCCAGAAAUUCUUCGUCCGCAAGGAUGCUGCAAGUGGGGAUUGGGUUCUUCAAAUCGGACUGGACAACACAACAGUUGGAACAUGGCCACAGAAGAUAUUCAGCAAACUGAACGACUCUGCAACUUAUGUCGACUGGGGAGGAGAAGCAUACUCUGCCUCUUCCGAAGAUCUUCCACCGAUGGGUUCGGGUUUCCCACCGAUGCGAAGUUCCGUGCUCGAUGGCUAUGGCAGGCAAGUCACGCUUGUAGAUGAGAACCAGCAAGUCGAUUACAACCCACCAGAGUGUGUGACAUAUACGAGUGAUAAUAAGAGGUACAAGAUAUUUGAUGAAGGCAAUGUGGGAGGAGAAAUCCAGCGUCUUAUUGUGUUUGGUGGAAGCUCUGGUCCAGCUUGA